UGAAAAGACCAGAAUGAGAGUUUCUCUGAGGUUUCCAAGCAUCUAUUCUCUAAGAUCUUACUUCAAUGAGACUAGUGAACAUACUAAAAAGAAAGACUUGAGGAAGAAACUGCCAGCAUUCGAUGACAAGUACAUGAUAGGAUCAGAAGUUGCAGCAGAAGCUCUUUACAGGAGAGUCUCUUCUCAAGAAAUUGCGGACAAGAGUAGCUCAUGGAGUUUCUGGGUGCUUAAAAAUCCUUCGGUUUCACCUCAAAAAGUGUCAGACUCACCUAGAAGAAGUGCGAAUGUUAAUGUUGGUGCAAGAAAAUUGUCUCUCAUAACUGAGCUUAAGGGAACCGGUAUGGCUAAGUGGGGUCAUGAGCGCCGGCGGGUCAGGUUCUUGGCUAAACACGUAGAGGAUAAAGAUAAACGUGAAAUUGUGGCUGUAUCGAAUGACGUAGUUAAAGGCGAAGAAGAGAAACACAGUGAUGGUGGCGAUGAUACAGAAGAAGAGGAAGAGGAGGAGGGUGAUGUUAAGGUAGUAGUAAAUAAAUCGAGAGAAGCUAAAAGGAAAUUAUGUAAGAGAAAGGGUCAAGGUGGGUCUGGUGGCAAAUCAUCACCGAAGAAGAAAAGGCCUAAAAGUGAAAAGAAGAAUCAGGUUGCGGUCUAUAAGCAAAAGAAGAACAAGGUCAUAAAAAAAUUUAUUGAUAGAUGGUCGGCUGAGAGGUAUAAAAUGGCUGAGGUUAGCAUGUUGAAAGUAAUGAAAGAGCAAAAUGCAGUGUUUGGAAACCCAAUUCUAAGGCCAGAACUGAGAGCUGAAGCACGGAAGUUGAUUGGGGACACUGGAUUGUUAGACCAUUUGUUGAAACAUAUGGCGGGGAAGGUAGCUCCAGGAGAUGAAGAGAGAUUUAAAAGGAGGCAUAAUGCAGAUGGGGCAAUGGAGUAUUGGCUGGAGAAGGCUAAUUUGGUUGAUAUUAGGAAAGAGGCUGGUGUGCAGGAUCCUUAUUGGACUCCUCCACCUGGGUGGAAACCUGGUGAUAAUCCUACUCAGGAUCCUGUUUGUGCUAGAGAGAUCAAGGAGCUCCGAAAGGAAAUUGAUGAAGUUAAAAGGGAGAUGGUGUCCAGAAAAUGUGGGAAGGAACUAGCCAUUAUGGCAGUACCAAAUUCUUCUCCUGCAAGUCUGGACAUGGAGCAUGGCAGCUUACUAAUUCCAGUGGAGGAAAUGUACAUUUAUUUGGUGAAUAAGAAGGUAAAGAUGGAGGAACAACUAAUGGGAAUUUCACAUUCUUUGUGUGGGAUGGAGGAAGAAAUGAAGAAGCUAAAAACCGGAGUGAAAAAAUCAAACAGAACAGAAUCAACAGAAAGGCCAGCAUUAUUAAUGGGAUCAACAGAAUCAACCACACCAGCUGGAUCUGGAAGAAAGGGGAAAGAAGUAAUGCACCAGGAAAAAGAAGAAAUGGUUUUAGGGGAAUUAGCACAAGAACAAUGUCAGUCAUCAGGAGGCAACAUACCACCAACAACAAAAUCAGCAGCACCAACGGAGGACAGGGCGGCAAAGAUAGAAAGGUUGAAAAGUGGGUUUAGGAUAUGCAAACCCCAGGGAAGUUUCCUGUGGCCUGAUAUGACUACCUCAACCCCUCACCCUCAGGGUGAGGUACAACUCCAAGACCUCAUUGCAGUGCACACGCCUCCUUCUGUGUCCUCCACUUCACCAAAACAAUCUUACCUUCUGUUUACUCCCCAUGGACCCCGCCAUACUUCCCCUGUGAAGGCAUCAGCUGAGAGAAGGCCUGUCACCAUUUCUCAAUCCACAGCUGCCACAACUCCAAUUACUUUUCCUCCCCUUGAUCGAAUGAUUCACAACCAGUAUGAGAAGAGCAGCAUUUCCACUUCUACUACCAUCACCAACACUAUCAAAACCCCUCUCAUCAACCUUAAUGAGCCACUGAAUACCAAUCAAACUGAUGAUUAUGGGUUAUUAUGUUGGUCUCAUUCCCAUGCCCAUGCUCAUGCUCAUGCUCAUGCUCAAAGCUCCCCUUACCCUGUCACUUACCAAAGAAGACAUCAUCAAGAUUUGACUACCACUAUUGCCGUGCCAAGGUUGGGACCUACAAAGAAAGAGAUGUUGAGCCAAUGGGAGGGAGGUAAUCCAAGAAAAGGAAUGAUUAGGAACUGUGAGCAGGCGCAGCAGCAGAUGGGAUGCUCCUGUGCCUCAUCCAUUGCAUCUUCUUCCAUGUCAACGGAAGUAGGGACUUGGCUAGCUCUGGCUUCUUCUAAGCCUUCCGUGGAGCACAAAUCUAAAAGGGGUUAAACAUUAUAUAUCAACAA